UUUGGAUACUUUAAAUACUUCUACUUGACUAAACUCUGCAGGACGUUUACUUGUGACAGAGUAUUUGCACUCUGUGGUAUAAGUACUUUUACCUGAGUACUUUGUGUUGCAGGAGGACGAAGAUGUUGUGGCUCAGGUGCAUUGUGGGUGAUCUGCGUGGAGGAGGAAGACUCCUGAGAGGUCUUCCUCACGCCGCCCGCCCCCUGCUGACCUCAGAGAGUCAGCGGGUCAGACCGCCUCAUCGCGGCGGCCUUCCUCAGAGGCGUUUCCUGUCUGGGGGCCAGGACUCGUCCUCCGCCCGUCUGAAGCUGAGGACGCGCCUGGGGGUGACGCUGCUGUUCGGCGGCGGCCUGCUGGCCACGUGGGGCUUCGUGUACUCGGAGAAGCAGCAGCAGCGGCGACGGCAGCGCGUGGAGCAGCUGCGGCGGGUGGCGCUGGGUCAGGGCGACUUCAGCCUCCUGGACCACAGCGGGCGGCGCCGCACCAAGAAGGACUUCCUGGGCAGCUGGGUGCUGCUGUACUUCGGCUUCACGCACUGUCCCGACAUCUGUCCCGACGAGCUGGACAAGCUGAGCGCCGCGGUGUCGGCGCUGGACCGGGACGCCUCGCUGCCGCCCGUCCAGCCCGUCUUCAUCACCGUGGACCCGGAGCGGGACGACGUGCCGGCGCUGGCCCGCUACGUCAAAGACUUCCACCCCCGUCUGAUCGGACUGACGGGGACCCCGGAGGAGGUGAAACACGCGGGGCGGGACUACAGAGUGUACGCCAGCGCCGGGCCCAAGGACGAGGACGGGGACUACAUCGUGGAUCACAGCAUCCUGAUCUACCUGGUCAGUCCGGACGGGCUCUUCCUGGACUACUACAACCGCAUGAAGAGCGAGGAGCAGAUCGCCGAGAGCGUCCGGAACCACAUCACCAGCUACGUCCCGCUGGGAGGCACCUGAACGCAGCGCGGACACCACAGACUGAACGCGAACGCCUCGGCUCGCUGUCCUCGCCGGGCGGACGCUCUAAACACGUUCAUGUGCGGUUCGGCGGGAAGAACUCUGUUUCUGUCACAGUGGAGCUGAACCGAGCCGGUGAUUCAUCCAGUCGCCGUCCCCCUUCUUGGACCGCCGUGGGAGUCCAAACGUCUCCGAGUCUUUUGGGUUUUGAACUCUUGUCUUAUUGGAACUCUUUAAAGUUGACACUCCUGGUUCCUGGAGCCUCUCUGAUCCAGGUCCUGGUUCUGAUCCAGAACCUGCUGCUGCCUGUCUUUCCAAAAUAAAAGUGUGUGUUUGUAUCA